AAAUUUUUUGAAGACUUGGAUGAAUGGCAACAGUUUUUUGCACAGAUCAAACAAGCAGGUUGCUAUGAAGGUGUAGAGUUGCAUGGACUUGAAUUUGAUCAGAUGUCCAAGAGGCUAGAGACUGUUGCACUGAGCUCAACUUUUAGACAGAACAGACUUGACUAUGUUCACGCAAG